UCAGGUCACACAGCGAGAUGUGCCAGGCAUUGAUGUGGCCUAUCUGGCCAUGGACACAGAGGAAGGGGUGGAGGUGGUGUGGAACGAAGUGCAAUUUUCAGCUCGGAGAGACUUCAAGGAACAAGAGGAGAAGAUCCGAGUCAAGUUCGACAACCUGAUGCAGCUAGAACAUUACAACAUAGUCAAGUUUCACAAAUAUUGGGCAGACAUCAGACCAGAAGUCAAACCGAGGGUAAUUUUUAUCACAGAAUACAUGUCCUCGGGAUCACUACAUCAGUUCCUGAAGCGCAUCAAGAAAGACAAACGGAAUAUCCAGGAGAAAUCCUGGAAACGGUGGUGCACUCAAAUCCUCUCAGCAUUAAGUUACCUACAUACGCGCGACCCACCCAUCAUCCACGGCAACCUGACAACGGACACCAUUUUCAUCCAGCACAACGGCCUGAUCAAGAUAGGCUCCGUCGCACCUGAUGCCAUUCACAACCACGUGAAGACAUACCGGGAAGAACAGAAGAACAUGCACUACAUCUCACCAGAGUAUGGAGAGUCGCAAGAUCUCCUUACAACAGCCGUGGAUAUCUACGCCUUUGGUAUCUGCUCACUGGAGAUGGCAGUUGUAGAAAUCCCAACCAACGGUGACAACAAGCAUAUAUCGCGGGAAGCCAUCAAUAACGCAAUAGGCCAACUGGAGGACCCACUUCAGAGGGAUUUCAUCCGUAAGUGUGUUGGCCCGGUAACCACCAGACCCACAGCAAGAGAGCUGCUAUUCCAUAACGUCCUAUUUGAGGUUCACUCCCUCAAACUCCUAUCAGCGCAUUGCUAUGUCCGAAAUGAAGCUAUUUUAGACCAUGCCGAUAAUGCACUGACAGAGAGACUAUCCCCAGGUACAAUCAUAGCUAGUGUAGUACAUCCCGACGGCCGGGAAGGUGUGCAAUGGAAAGUUUCCCAGGUUCCAGCCCUUGAGAUAGAGAAGUUCAUUGAAGAAGUCAAAAACGGUGUCUACCCCUUAACGGCAUAUGCACUGCCUGAACCCCAUCCUACCAAGACGAGGCCGCAGACCCCCGAGACGGCCGAGUCGGUGAAGAGCGCCACACCCGAGCCGCUGGAGGUGGAGAGCAGAUCCAUCAUGCUGAUGCAGUGCGACAUGAAGGAGGAAGAAGAGGGCAAACUCAAGUUGGAGUUACUACUUCGAAUGGACGAUAAAAUGAACAGGCAGCUGAGUUGUGAAAUUGCAGCAGAUGACAGUCCGUGGGGUCUUGCGAAUGAACUAGUGGAAUAUGGUUUCAUCAACAGCUGUGACCGGAGUCGCGUCGCAGCUCUGAUCGAGGAGAAACUCAACUUUCCAACCAGCCAGCCAUCUGGACUUCCAGUCUCUGUCAGCUCGUAGCAAGAACUUCACCGCCAUUCUGCUUCCACCCCCUCCUGGGUUGCAGCUUGACGACCUCAACCAAUGCAACUUGAAACUUGUAAUAAUCUCACUUUGUACAUUCUACAACCUGCCACAGUGUAGAAAUUAUAUAAAAAAAAGAAAGUGUCACAGUUCUUUUCAUUUUUUUUGGUGGUGAUCAACUCACAAGUGGAAGAAUUUUACAGGAUUGUCUGUUUGAUAUCUACUAUGUUAAAAUGAGUCGCAUUUAUUUGG